AUGUCGUUAGAAAACAGAUUCAAUCCUCGUCCUGUCGAGGAUAAGGAUGAAGACUAUGAGGAUAUUGUGAGCGAUAGCGAAGAAGUCAGCCAGGAAUCAAACAAGGCUGCUGAUUUGCUUUCUGGGCUUAGCAUUGCAUCAGAUGCGAAAUCCAAGGAAGAGGCAAAGCCUGAAGAAGCCAAGACUGAAGAUAUUAAAGUUCAAGACACUAAAGCUGAAGAGAGCGAAUCUAAAGAAACUACAGCUUCAGAAACUAAGACUGAUGAUGCUAAGGACGACAAGAAGACCGCCUCAGAGGAAGGCGAAGGAUCCGAUCCAGAAAACAAUCUUAUCAAGACCACCUACGAAGUUCGAGUCAAGUUAGCAGAUCUUCAAGCAGACCCCAACUCACCAUUGUACUCCGUCAAAAGAUUUGAAGAUCUAGGACUCAGUGAGGAACUCCUUAAAGGUCUGUAUGCCAUGAAGUUCAGCAAGCCAUCCAAGAUUCAAGAGAAAGCGCUUCCUUUGCUACUUAAUAACCCACCACAAAACUUAAUUGGUCAAAGUCAGUCUGGUACUGGUAAAACCGCAGCAUUUGCACUGAAUAUGCUCUCUCGUGUCGAUACCAAAGUUAACAAAGUUCAGGCUCUUUGCCUGUCGCCAACCCGUGAGUUGGUCAGACAAAUUAUGGACGUUGUUGAAACCAUGGGCAAGUUCACCGAUAUUACUACAGCACUUGCUAUUCCCGACAGUUAUGAGCGUAAUGCUAAAGUCAAUGCUCAUAUUAUUGUUGGUACUCCCGGUACAGUGCUAGAUCUUGUUCGUCGAAGACAAUUGGACUUGUCGGCACUCAAGGUGUUUGUACUAGAUGAAGCUGAUAAUAUGCUUGAUUUACAAGGUCUGGGAGACCAAUGUCAGCGAGUCAAGAAAAUGAUCAAACCCAAUGUGCAAUUAGUACUGUUCAGUGCUACAUUUGCCGACGAGGUCCGUGUAUAUGCCGAGAAGUUUGUUCCUAAUGCCAACGAAAUCAAGCUCAAGGCCGAGGAGCUCAACGUCGACGGAAUCAAGCAAUUAUACAUGGACUGUAAAGACGAGGCUCAUAAAUAUGAGGUUCUUGUUGGUUUAUACGAGCUAUUGACUAUUGGAUCAUCCAUUAUCUUUGUACGAAAGAAGGAGACUGCUAACUUUUUGUAUGGCAAGAUGACGAAAGAAGGACACAAAGUGUCGGUUUUGCACAGUGACUUGACUACCGAGGAUCGUGACCGACUAAUCGACGAUUUCAGAGACGGCCGCAGUAAAGUCCUGAUCACUACCAACGUUCUUGCCAGAGGUAUUGAUAUCGCUUCGGUGACCAUGGUGGUCAACUACGACCUUCCCACCGACAGAAACGGCCGCGCCGACCCUGCCACCUACCUCCACCGUAUCGGACGUACCGGUCGUUUCGGUCGUACAGGUGUGUCCAUCUCGUUCAUCCACGACCGAGCCUCGUACAACGUCCUCCAGGACAUCAUCGACUACUUUGGCGAGGGCGGCAUCACCAUGACCAAAGUGCCCACCGACGACUGGGAAGAGAUCGAGAAAAUCGUUAACAAAGCCAUCAAAAGCUAG